ACGCUUUGCAACAUUUGUUCCCCUAUUCAAGAAGAAGUAUUCUAUUCGAAUCCCGGCUCUCCGUCUCUCCCCGUGAGGUCCUCACCCGCGCUCUCGCUACUGGUUAUUUGAUCGUUCGUACAGUAUCACAUAAAACGAUGUCGCUGAGGCCGAACGCAAGGGCGGAGGUCCGCCGGAGCAGGUACAAGGUGGCGGUGGACGCUGACGAGGGGCGUCGCCGUAGGGAGGACAACAUGGUGGAGAUCCGCAAGAGCAAGCGCGAGGAGAGUUUGCUGAAGAAGCGUCGCGAUGGCCUACAGCCACAGCAGUUCCCUACCCCCACGGCCACCUCAGACAAAAAGCUAGAAAGUCUCCCUAGAAUGGUAGAAGCUGUUUGGUCCAAUAAUACAGAUUUGCAGCUGGAGGCUACCACAAAUAUCCGGAAAUUGCUCUCAAUUGAAAGAAGUCCUCCUAUUGAUGAAGUUAUACAAUCUGGUGUGGUUCCACGAUUUGUUGAGUUUUUGAAUAGUGAGAUACCACAGCUCCAGUUUGAGGCUGCUUGGGCACUUACAAACAUUGCAUCUGGAACCUCAGAGAAUACUAGAGUGGUUAUUAAUAGUGGUGCAGUCCCAAUUUUUGUCAAGCUUCUGGCUUCCCCUAGUGAUGAUGUUCGUGAGCAGGCUGUCUGGGCAUUGGGAAAUGUUGCUGGUGACUCUCCUGGGUGCCGUGAUCUUGUUCUUGGCAAUGGGGCUCUGAUUCCUUUACUGGCACAAUUGAAUGAGCAGGCCAAGCUGUCAAUGCUAAGAAAUGCCACAUGGACUUUAUCAAAUUUCUGCAGAGGCAAGCCACAGCCUCCGUUUGAACAGGUGAGACCGGCACUUUCAGCUUUACAGUGCCUUGUUCAUGCAAAUGAUGAAGAGGUUCUGACAGAUGCAUGUUGGGCUCUCUCUUACCUUUCUGAUGGCACAAAUGACAAAAUUCAAGCUGUGGUCGAGGCAGGUGUCUGUAAAAGACUUGUUGAACUUCUUCUUCAUCCCUCUCCUUCAGUACUCAUUCCUGCACUUCGUACUGUUGGGAAUAUUGUUACAGGAGAUGAUCAGCAGACUCAGUGCAUAAUUGAGUUUGGUGCACUUCCUUGCCUGCUGAGUUUACUGAUUCAUAAUCACAAAAAGAGCAUCAAGAAAGAAGCUUGCUGGACAAUUUCUAACAUUACUGCUGGAAAUAAGACCCAGAUACAGGCUGUGAUUGAAGCUGGAUUAAUUGGUCCUCUUGUGAAUCUGCUUCAAACUGCUGAAUUUGAUAUCAAGAAAGAGGCUGCAUGGGCUCUAUCAAAUGCUACAUCAGGCGGGACAAAUGAACAAAUUAAGUUUUUGGUUACUCAGGGGUGCAUUAAACCUUUGUGCGACCUUCUUGUAUGCCCUGAUCCAAGGAUUAUCACUGUGUGUAUGGAAGGGUUGGAGAACAUAUUGAAGGUUGGGGAAGCAGAAAAGGCAGAGACUGAAGGCGUUAAUUAUUAUGCACAGUUGGUUGAUGAUGCUGAGGGAUUAGAAAAACUGGAGAACCUGCAGAGUCACAACAACAUUGAAAUCUAUGAAAAGGCUGUUAAAAUACUAGAGGUAUAUUGGUUAGGAGAUGAUGAUGAUGAAGAAGAAAAUGCAGCGGCGGGGAAUGAUGGAACUCAAACUGGAUUUAAUUUUGGAGGAAAUGAUAACCCCCAUGUACCACCUGGUGGAUUCAAUUUUGGCUGAGUCCAGCACGUAAAAUCAAGAUGCAGAGUCGGUGUCCAGCUUGAGGAAGGCGUCGUGUCAAGGUCAUGUCGAGUCAGGUCACCUCCCAGUGUUGCAGUCAGUCCGGGUCUGGUCCAGUUUCAUCUGUCAUGGUGGUUGUGGAGGUGCUAAAGUCAAGUCGGGUCCGAGAGGCGGCUAAAUAAAACAAUUGAACGAUGCCGUAGUGAUGGCAUCUUUGGGAGUUCUUCCCCAACCAACCAUGCUUUCCAUUGUUUGGUGAGAGUGAGAGUGAGAGUAGAAAGCCAUAAAUUAAGGUUCACAAAAUGAAGAAGAGUCCUUUCCAUUUCUAGUGUCAUACUGUCAUGAAUAUACAUCCAUCCAGGAGUGAAUAUGUAGAGUAUUUAUUUUAUUCAUCAUUUGUCAUACAACUUUUUUUUACUAAGUAAAGAUAUCAUUUCGGUUUA